UAAUUUAAUACCUUUUAGUUUGAAAAUGUAUUGCAUCAAUUUUUAUAAAUUAUCAAUUUGUGUUUAAAUAUAGAAGAAAUAAAAAAAAUGCAUUUAUUUUGUAAUAACGUGAUAACGAGCGAAAGGGUUAUUUUUUUAAACUUAACGGAAAGUAAUAAUGAAAUGACAGAUAUUAUUAGAUAUAGAUAUUAUAUAUAUAGAUAAAAUGACAGAUAUUAUAAGAUAUAGAUAUAUUUUUAUUAGUGAAAUAAUGUUUACUUGUUUUGAAAAUCAUAAUAGCGGUCCAAAACAAGUAACAAGAAAGCUUAAUGCAUUAUAACAAUCGAAACCAACAAAAACAUAAAAAUAUGUGUGAUCUUACACAACGCAACUCAAUAAGUGUUCCCGUCAAAUAGUUUUUAUUUGGUAUUUUAGGCUGUAUAGGUUAAGAUCCCUUUGUCUCAAAUAAACUAUUAUUAUGUCUGUCAAAUGUUAGACCAAAUUGUUAAUUUGUCAGUUCAUUUUUUGACAAGCUCGGGUUAGCUUUGUGAAGUAAAGUUGAACAAAUAAAUAUUUCUUCAACCUGUACAUAAAUGAAAAAUGGAUAAGUUUUUUGAAAGAAAGCAUAUUUCCUGAAAAUUAAACCCUUUAUAUUACGCAGUUUGAAGAUUACAACAAGUAAGAGGUUAGGAACCGCCUGCUAUAACAGUACACGUAUGCAGUAAUCCUAUGAGUUAAAUCUGAUAAUUUCUUAAAUUUUUUUGAAAUGACGUGAUAGUGUCACAAUUUAACAUAAGAAAUACAAUGCUGCCGCUCAUUCAGAAAGAUACGCGGCCACCGCGGGGCCCUCUGGCAGGAAUCAAAGAAAAAUUGCAAAACUGGCUGAGAUUAAUUUAUUCUGAUAAGAAUUCUAGAAAUCUUUUUCUGUUUCUUAUUUUAAACUUAUCAUUUGCAUUUGUUGAACUAUUCUAUGGUGUCUGGACAAAUAGUUUGGGUCUCAUAUCAGAUGCAUUUCACAUGUUCUUUGACUGCACUGGCCUAGUGGCAGGUCUAGCAGCUUCACUUGUGUCAAAGUGGCGUGCCAAUGAACGCUUUUCCUAUGGCUAUGCAAGGGCUGAAGUCAUUGCAGGAUUUGUAAAUGGCCUGUUCUUAUUGUUUAUAGCAUUCUUUAUUAUGAGUGAAGCAGUUGAAAGGGCUAUUGAACCACCAGAGGUGAAACAUGAACGUCUAUUGUUGGUGUCCAUACUAGGAUUCCUAGUUAACUUAGUCGGCAUUUAUGCAUUCCAUCAUGGGCAUGCGCAUGGACACGGACACGGCCACUCCCACGGCGGGCAUGGUCAUUCUCAUAACCACAACCAUUCCCACGACCACGACGACAUCGAUGCGCCUACGGGAGCGGGUUCAGCGAUAAUGCGAGGAGUCUUCCUCCACGUGCUUGCAGACACUCUCGGCUCUGUUGGUGUAAUCGUAUCAGCCAUACUUAUGCGCACAUUCGGCUGGAUGCGCGCUGACCCCAUCUGUUCUAUGGCAAUAGCUUUAUUAAUCGCCGCGAGUGUCUUGCCUUUAGUGCGUGACUCUGCCGGCGUACUUAUGCAACGGACUCCAACAUCUUUAGAGCGUGCUCUGCCUAAUUUGUACACUCGCGUUGUAGGCCUUGCUGGUGUCCACGCGGUACAAGAGCCGCAUUUCUGGACUUUGUGUAGUGACGUGCAUGUCGGUGCUUUAAAACUGGAAGUAGCCAGAGAAGUAGAUCCUAGAUAUGUUACAGAUCAGGCCGCGCGUAUAUUCCGCGAGGCGGGCGUGAAACAUUUAACGGUCCAACUGGACUAUUCACCACUUUGAUCUUAAUUUGGUAUCAUAAUUGUACAGAUACUCCACAUAGUGGACAAGUUUUUAUUGUAUAUAUAAAAAAUGUGAAAUAAUGCAUUAAUUAAAAUGUCUAUGGUGCAAUUAAACAUAACUUUACUAUUUAACUCUUAUCACGAAAGCCUUAUUAUUUAUCAUGAGGAUAAUCAACUGUUCAAUGCAGUAUUACAUUCACAUUUUGAUCAGCACAAUUGAGUUUGUUUUUUUUUUAUAAAAAAUUUGAAAAUAUAAAUUGCUGCAAUUGCUAGUAAAUAAAAAUUUAUAGAUUAUAUAUAAGUAAAUAUUCCUUUUUUAUGAUUUCUAUUUUAUAUGUAAUUUUAUCGCGUAGUAUCUUUUGUUUUAAUAGUUCAAUUCUUUAAAGUUAUUUUUAAGAUGCGUGUAUGAUUUUUCAAAAAGGUACAUUCCACAUUAUCAUAUGUCCUUCAUUAUAAUUGUCACGUUUUUUAGUGGCAUAAGAUAGAUCGUGUAAAUUUAUAUGAGAAUUUAUAGAUAAUAAUUCAAUUAACAUAUUGAAUUCUGUAGAGAUAGUAACUACUAUAAAUACUUCCAUAAAGACUAAAUUCAGUGAUAUGCGAGUUUUGUAAUAAAAUCAACGUAAGACAAAGAUCACAAAAUAAUUUAUUACAUUCAUGUAUGUAAAAGUAAGUUUAUUUAAAAAUUGCCAACAAAAUAAUAUGAUGUAUGUGUAGCUGAAAUUACAAGUGAUGAUUUUAAUGGUUGUUCUAUUGUCAAUAAUUUGGAAGAAAAAUAAAUGAAGAAAAUGUUUAAUAUAAAGUAAUAAUUUUUAUUUUAUUUUAUAAUAUCUCCGCAUCUCUUAUUGACAGAGAAACAUGGUAAAAUGUCGGCUACGUCACAGUGUAAAUAUAAGUAUACAGUGGUGAAACUGCCUACAAGCGUU